CUUAAAUAACUUCAGUAAUAAUGAAAAUCUAAAGGAGAAAAUUAUACAGAAUAAUUAGCAAGUGUUCUUCCGAUUAGAGCGUAAAGAUGUAGUAAGUGCUGGUAUAAUAGUGUUUAAUUACGCAUGUCUGUGUAUUGAAUGUUGGAUAAAUAUACUAAACUUCGCGGGUUCAUCGAGCACAGUUGAAAAGAUACCGGUUCCUCUGUAAGCCGCAAACGACACAUUUCCAAUGAGGAGAGCAGUCAGCCAAUCAGAACGCGAGUUUUAUUCCGGGUUAAGACAAGCUCCAAAUCAAGCGGCUUUCAAAGGAAACGGAAGCUAUAGAAAUAAUAGGCAUGUCCCUAGAACAAGUUCUCUGCUAUCUUUAGGCAAUGACAACAUUCCAUCUUCCAUAGCGGAGGUACGCAGACAACGGCCUCGACAAUCAUUAUCCGCGGGAAAUUUGGCGUCUGUAGUUACGCAUGACAGCGGUGUCCUGACUGGACGUGAACGAUCAUUUUUUGAGCGUGGGGACUUUCCUGACCAGAUUCCAACACGAGAGAACGGUGACGCAAUGUAUUACAGCCCAGAAAGAACGUCUAUGAACUCUCUGAAAGGAGGAAACGUGCAGGAUUCUAUGCUAUCACUUUUCCCUGAUGAUGACAGUGGAUUCAACUCAACCCUAAGAUCAAGAAGCAGAUCAGGCUUAUAUCUGUCGGACGACUUAAGCAACUCUUCACCCAGAAUGAAUCGUUCACGCUCCAUGUCACGUAUUCACCUGAACGCCUCCCAGGAACUUGACCCUGGGCUCACAAGCUCCUUACGGGCCCGGCCCUUUGAGUUCUCCCUCCGACAUCUCAAGGACAAUCUCGAUGACAGUGAGAACAGACGAGUGGUGCUCGUACACAAGCUGAAAGAAGCUCAGGAAACAUUAGAGUUACAAAAUGACCGACUGAACAGAAUAGAAGGAACUGCAAAAACAAACUCUGUCCUUGUUGAUGAUCUCAAGUACAAAGAAAAGGGGUAUCGAGACAAGUUGGACCAGCUAGACCGCUCGGAGGAUGAGAAGAGCCUGCUGCGCUCGGAGAACACUCGACUGCGUGAUGAGAUGCAGAACAGCAUAUAUAAACCAUACCUUCAUACAACAGACAGGAUUGACAAGCUGGACUUUGCUCUGCGGUCACUGCAGGCCCAGCAUCAGGUGGCGGAGACGGAGAACUACAAACGCAGCAACCUCCUGGAACAGACCACCUCUGCACUAACGCUACUUGAAAAUGAGAACCAAAAACUUAAAAAGGACAAGGACCAGCUGCGGCAUGAAAUACUCGUUGCUAAGGAGGCGAUGGAGAUGGCUCGGGAAAAGUUCAGCCCCAUUGAGGAUGAGAAUAAACACAUGAAGUAUGAGCUGGAACGUGUCAAGGAGGAGAAAGAAAGACUGUUCCACAAGGCUGAGAACGCAGCCUCAAAGUUGAAUGAGCUCAAGGACCUCACAGAAACCAUGAAGGACGAAAAUGAGAAACUGGCCGCAUCUUGGAAAAGUCUGUCAGAGGAGAAGCAGAAACUGGCACGUGAAAUAGACCACAACCAGGAGAACCAUCGCGAGGCUCGUUCAAGGGUGACAAGUCUGGCGUCUGAGCGGGACCGACUGUUUAACGAGAAGAUGGAGAUGACCAGUCGUAUACAGCAGCUCAUGAUAGACAAGGAACAGGUGGAGAAGGCAUGGAGAUUAUUGACGGAAAAGAAAGACAAUACCAAAAAGACAAAGAUAGCCCUGGAGGAGCAGAUAGUGGAGCAGGAGGAGGAGCUAGGGCGUGUGAGGAAGGGAGUGAAACGGAAGGACGAGGAGAGGCGGACACUUGAGGAAGCUCUGCAUGAGUCCAAAAAUAGUUAUGAUGACCUGUACAAGGAACUUUCAAACAUUCGAGCUUACUAUGAGCGUUCACUGGAGCAGAUCAGUGUCCUGGAGAACAACAAACAGCUGGCCAUGCAGCAGCUAGAGUUGGCCGAGCACGAGAAAGAGAGACUCAGGGUGGACAAUGACAGGCUCCGAGAGAUACUUGAUGGAAAAUCCCGCGACCUGAAGCAUGAGCGAGAGCAGCUGGAGGAGGCUGUCCUUGACCUUAAGGUUAUCCAGACUGUAGCUCAGUUACAGGGUGAUGUUCGUCAACUCAGGCAAGAGAAGUCAAAGGCUGAGGAUAAAAUACAAGAACUAGAAAUUAAACUUGAGAAGGCAAACGAAAGUGUGAUGGAGACGACGAGUGUGAAGCAGGGCGAGAUUGACAUGCUCAAGGCCACUUGCGACCAUCUGUCUGCAGGCGCCACCAAGAAAGAAACAGAGCUGCAGAAUAUGACAGACAAACUCCAACACUUUGAAACACAGAAUGAGCGACUGAGGGAAGAACUACACAGCUACAAGAACGAGUGUGAGCAGCUCUCUGACCAAGUGGAGGACAUCAAAAAGUUGAAGGAUGAGAAUCGCCGCAUGCUGCAGGAGAAGGCGGAGAAUGAACAAGUAAUCAAGCUGCUUGAGACCCAGAAAGACGUGUUGUCGAAAAGUGAUGCAACGAAAAAGAAAAAGGCUGAUUCCAGCAUGGAGAAGCUUAAGGACAUUGACAAACUCACAGACAAGAUUGACCAGUAUCGCAGCGACAAUGAACACCUCAGGAACCGCAUCAAUGAGCUGGAGAAGGUGCGGGAUAACCUUAUUUCUCAGAAGGAGGAACUCUUGGCUAACAGCGAGUUGAUCUACAAGAAGCCGCAGCUUGAGGAGCUGGAAGCCAAGAUAGAUGAGCUCCGUGAUGCAAACAAACAGCUCCGUGAAAUCAAUGAACAGGUCAACGAGAAGGCUGAGGCUCUUCAACAGGAAAACGUGACCCUGAAGGAUGCUGUGGGUGGAGACGGCUCUGUCGUGCCCAGGGUCGAACUUGAGAGACUGUCACGUGAGAGGGAGCGACUGCAGAGCGACCUUGAUCACCUGCGGCAGGAGCAUGAAAAUCUUGAGGAACGUCACCAGAGAUUCAUAAUUCAGUAUGGCCAUGAAGGAUCGGAGACUCAGAAAGACAAGAACGCAAUGGAGGCACUUAAGCGUGAAAAAGACGCACUGGAGAAGACGGUUGCCCUUAUCAACGCACAGAUGCUGCUGGUGGAGGGUGGAAAGACACGCCUCGACGACGUUGUUGACGACCUACAGACAGAAAUUAUCUCCCUUAGACAGCAGUUAGAGGAGGCAGAGAAAAAGCUUGAAGAAUUUGCAAAAAAGGAAAAGGAGUCAAAAUCGAGUGAACCAUUCAGAGUACAGAGUUCCCCAGGUCCCUCCAACCUUCCAGUAUUCCCCUCCAUGAGGAAGAGGCACCAGCCGGAGGUUGAGAAUCUCCAGGAGGAGAUAAACAUUCUCAACCAACAACUUGAUGAGUCCAAGUACGAGCAGGACAAGCAGAGACGCCUUGUACAGACGCUCAAAGUCGAUCUUGAUGAGGAACGGAAUAAAAAACCCACCCAAAUUAGAGAAUUUGAAAAGCUGAAAAAUUCUUUGAGUUCAGUGGGGAAGGAAUCGUUGGAUGACGUAGGUACAGAGUUACGGGACAUGAGAGGUGAGCUCCACAAGCUGAUGGGGGUCAUAGAGAGCAAGGAUCAUGCCAUAGAAACACUGGAAAACCAACUGAGAUCUUCCAAGGAAGAAAUCAAGAUGAAGGGUCAGGCAAUGGUGGACCUGCAGACAUUGGUGACAGAUCUAGAGAAGAAGAAUGAUGGUCUACAUCAAAGUGUGGAGGGGGUGAGGUCAAGUGUAGAGGAAAGAUUGUUGUCCCCCCGUCAUGCUAGCCCCAGCCCACCUAGGAAAUCACGUUCUCCAAGUGCUAGAGCAUCAAGGAUCCCAAGGAAAGUCGAUGACAUGUCCAGAGACCAAGGAGACGAUUCAAGUCAAAUUAGUAGGCGGUCUCGAAGUGAGGACCGUGGUAGGGAAAUAGUCCGUCGUUUGAAACCAGCUGAUUCUUUUUUCAAACGCGAGUCAAGGUCAAUGACUCGUAGCUCAACCGAGUCUGAUAAAUCAGAAGGUAUCGAGGUAGUUCCUGGGCAGUAUGGAUCUAAAUUUAUCUCUAAGCAAGUAAAGCGCAGUCAGAGCGAAAAGGGAAGCGACCGUCUCCAGAACCUUAUAUCAAAAUACCGAGGUUACAACGAGACAGGGGGGCCACCAGAGAGGAAAAUUAAGCCCCUGUCUCUGACCUCAAGCAGCAAAAUGGGUUUGGUAACAAAGGGGCGAAGUUUUGGGCCAGCAGCCCCGAAAUCAGAAAAAGAGGUGAGUGGUGAAGAUGUGGAGUGCUCUGAAUCACGUGUGCAACAAUCUCAUAUUCCUCUGACCUCAUCAUGCACCUCUGAUGCUUAUAUCCAAUCAAGUAGUCCUCAUUUUCUUGCAAAUGAUUCUACUUGCAAGGACAAAAAUGAAAGUAGUCCUCCAUUACCAAAAAGUAGUCCUCCUUUGCAAGAAAACUCUAGUGAAUCCGCUAAUGCUGCUAAAAAGUUUGAGGCGAAAGUAAAUGGUGUGGAGAUGAUGGAUGCUGGGAUCCAACCUGACUGGGCCCAAGAGGAGGAUCAAGCUGAGGAUGAGGAGGGAGAUGAGGAUGGUGAGGAGGAGGAGGAGGAGGAUGAACACUCUGGGGAGGAGUGGGACAAUGAGCAGAAGGACAUUGAUGCACUCAUUGACAGUUGCUAUAGAACUCACUUAGCGUUUCUAAAGAAACUCAAGAAGCGUGGCUACAGGGGGCCCAAGGGAGGUAAGAAGUACACGAAAGUUCUUAAAAUGUAAACCAGGUGAAAAUAUCAAGUCAACCAAUGAGAAAACUUUAAAGGAACCGGAGAGAGGUAAAUCUGAUAGGAAGGAGAAAGCCUCUCUUAAACCAAUCAGUCAAUCUUCUCAUGAUGAUACAACCAAACAACAUUCUACAAGAUGACCCUGGACAUCAGUGUUAGGACUCUGAUAACUCAAACAUUUGGCCAGUGUCUGCAUAUACAGUGCAUAGCGUCAAGUAGAAAUAACCACAUAUUUAACACUGCAUCUUUUUUGGUUUAAUGCUGUAAGAGAACAUGACAAAAUUCCAAAUUACUACCUAACAAUGUGAAUCACACGUUUUUCUUACCAUUCAAUUUACAAUCACUUUGCUGAGGAUGUUCACAUUGCAUGUUUGAAGUUCUUCAUGAAAAACAUGUUGUUGGAUUUUUCACUCUUUUUUUUUAGAAAUUCAGUGUUCUUUACUUAAACUUGACGAAGUAAUAUUGAUUAUUGUUUUGAAUGAUAUUGUCCUUUAACUUUUCAAAUUGUUCUCUCCUUUUUUCUUCUUAAAAAAUAAACUCUAAAUACCAGACAAAAAAUUAUCCAAAUUAAAAAAAAUCAAGAAUAAAAAGUUAUUAUUUUUCUUUUUGUUGAAGGUUUUAAAAGUAACCAAAUUGCCCUCAGCAGAAUCCAGUAUCCUAUCUUAGUUUAUUUUCAGUCUGCUUCUAUCAAUUAUUGGAAAAGAAAUAGCAAGAGGUUUAUUAUAGUUGCCCAUUAUUUUGAGGAUUAAUUACCCCCACCCACACAAAUCCAUACCUUGUAUUGUUCUAUUUUUCUGGCACUGACAGUUCCCUGUGUUUCCUGUCUGACUGCCAGCUAAUAUAGUGUUAUUUAACAAGAGGAUGCACGUUUUCUUCUGUUUUGGCAAUACUUAGAAAUGCCUUUUCAAGCUAUUCAUGUUCCAUUUUGGUGUCAGAUUUUACCAGCCAACCAAAAUAUGAUCAAAGUUCAAGGUUAUACUGAAUUAGCCUUGGCACAGACGUCUUCAACAAAGCAAUUUUUAUUUUUUUAUUUUUACAUAAUGUCAUGUUAAUCCUUUAGUUGUUCUACUUUGCAUAAACUUCAACUACAAAUGACUGAAUUAAUGAUGUAGACUGGUUCUCUCCGUUUUUGUUUAUAAUUUCAUGGUUUUUAAGCACUUGACGGAACCUUCCUUCCUGCCUCUGUUUUUGAUGGAUCUAUAUUGGGGUCUAUUACCAUUUUCAUUCCGGCUGUGAUACAUGCUAAAUCUGUAUGUGAUAUAUUUAUAUGUUGUAUUUGUGUAUAAAUCUGCCAUGAUGACCUGUAUGCCAUGACAAAGCAGAAUUGUGAUCUAGUGUAGAAACAAAGAUAAUACCUUGAACAUUUUUGCACCAUUUACACCUGGUAACAGCUCUUUUAUUUGCAUACUAUUUUCUUAAAGAAAUUUAAAUUACUCAAUGCAUUGUUUUUAUUUCAUAAACUAAAUGCUAGAUUUUUACAAUUUGGUAAAUAAAAUUUUCAAGGUUUUUGCUUUGUACAAUUUAGUAAAUCAGUAUUAUUUAUUUAUAGAUGUACUUACAUGUACGUAUUUACAUUUCUACAUAUUGAUAGUUGCAUAUUUCAGUACAGUUUAUGCCUUUCUAAAUCAAGAUUCAUAUUUCUUACAUCUACAUGUACACCUUUAUUAAUGUGUAUUUUGUAUUUUAUAUAUAAUAUAUAUUUUUAUUUAAAUUUACUAUGUCUACCUUAUCUUUGAUGAAUGCAUUUUGACUCUCUGACAUAAAAAAGAUCAUUUACAUUUUACUGUAUGAGAACUAUUUUUAUUUGAAUAUAUGUAAUAAAAACGAAUGCUCAUUUUGAUGACACAAAUAAAUCAUGAAUGAAAGGA